AUGUGAAUAUUGUUGGGUACAGUAUAUCCGAAUGGCCACAACACGUUAACAAAAAUUAAAGUAAAAUCUGUUCGAACGUCUGUCCUCCUUCUCCAUCAAAAUGACCGAAGAUCUAAAAUUCAUCGUUGCGGAGAUCAAUAAAAUCUUAAAGGCAGAUUACAAUUUGAUUUCCUUCGAUUCAUUGUCGAUAGAAAAUUUGCUGCAAUUAUUGCUUGAUGUUUUGGAGAAAUUCGGUGCCGCUGCCAAGUUCGAUGUGAAGGAAUCAGACCCAGCCGAUACCAACAAAUUUCUAUUGGACUCAUUGAAGAAGAUUCAAUAUCGACCAGCUAACGCGAAUGGAGAUCCCACAGCUUUUCGUCGGCUCUUACUGCAGGGCGACAAAAAAACCAUCUAUCCCAUCUUACAAUUCAUAUUCAAAAAUGAGGAGAAAGUUAGAAAUCUCGCCUAUUUGGCCCAGUACUUGAUUCCGAUUGAUCUCCCUCCAGAAGCAAUGGCUAACCAGGAAAUCGCUAAUUUAUGGAGUGAAUAUCAAUUGAUUCUGAACGAAUUUAAAGAGGUUCAUCGCGGACAUACUACUUCGAGAAAGGAGAGCGAUCAGUUCAAAGAGCUGAAGAAUGAUAUUGGUAUCAUUGAUGCGGAAAAGGAAAAUGUAAAAAAGCGCUUGGAGCGAACACAAUCUCGUCUCGACAAAAUUCCUCAACAAGACCUAUUAUUAGAAGCUGGUAAUGCUUUACGCGUGGAACGAGAUCGUCAAAAAGAGCUCCAUAGUCAAUUAGAAAUGCAACGCCAAAGUGUACAAAAGGCGACCGUUACCCAAGAACGCUUGCUGAAGGAACUGAACGCUGCUCAAGUAGCAUCCCAUGAUGCAGCGCCUCAAUAUCUGCUGCAAUCACUUCUGGAGGAAACAGAUAUAGCCAGGUUUAUGGUGCAACAAAAAUUACCGCAAGAAGUAGCUACGAAAAAGGCCGAGAUUCAAAUACUGGACGAGGUUCUCACUCAUCCGUCAAUUACGCGCGAAUAUUUGACUGAUUUACAGGAACAAAUCGAUAAAAUUGGAGCAGAUGUGCACAGAAUGCUGGACAGUCAGUUGACGGACCGUGGCAAUCAAAGUGAUAAUUUGCUACCGUUUCGACAACAAGCGGCGACCGUAGCUCGGAAUAAAGACAUGUGCGCGGAGCAGUUGGACCAAGUGACGAAAGAGUUGCGUGACGUAGAAAAUCAAAUACGCCAGAAACAAGAGGUCCUGAACGGAAUCGUUGGCGGAACGAUUUUGCGAGGCGAAGAGCUCAAACAGUAUGUGAAUAUGUUGCGAACAAAAAGUUCAGUGUACAAGCAAAAACGAGCAGAGCUCGCAGCGGUGAAGGCAGAAGCUAGUGAUCUGCAGCAAACUUUGGACAAUCUAAAGCAACAAGAUCCGACACUUUUCUUUCCAAAUGAAUCUGCACAGGAUGACAGUAUGGACGGUUUGAUGUCGCGUCCAGAAUCACCAAUAGAAAGCCGCGGUGUAACAGAGUUGGCUAGAUUGGUCGACGGAUUAACAAGAGCUGUGAUCGCUGCUCGUGAACGAGCCACACCAUUGUCCCAACAGAUUGGACCACUUCGGUUAAAGUUGACCGAUUUAAAGGAGCAAAGAGAUUUGAAGAAGCAGACAUACAAUGCCUUAAAUACAACACUAACUGCUGAAGCAGCUGUUUUACACAGUGAAGUGUCUGAAGCCGAGAAAACCGUAAAGAGGUUAGAGUCGACAUGGCAAGAAUUACAAGCCGAACAUGAGCGUAUUGAAAAUUUGCUGGAGAAAGCUGCCGAAGAACAACAUGGUCCCAAAGGUAGUAACAGUCUGAGAAAUUCACUGACCAAUCAAAUUAGAGAGCAAGAAGAUUUAGCCGAAUCAUUAGCAGAGGAAAAUCGAAUAAUAAACAGCGAAAACGGUGGCGGUGAAAAGCAGCACGAAAUGUGGGCAGAUCUGAAUACGUUGCUAAGAGUUAAAUUGGAAUGUUUGCGCGAGGCAAAGCAAAUGGGACCCGGCGGUACACUAUUCGUCCAAAAGGGAGCCGAAACAUUCACAUUACAAUGAGAAAAUGUUCACAUUUUUCUGGCAUUUUAUUCGCAAAUAAAGCUGAUGAUCACUUCA